UAAUCGCGAAUUGGCACUUGGCGCGUGCAUGUGGAUUGACCAACAUGGCUCUUUGGAGCCUUUGAAGUGGGAGUAGGAGUGGCUGCACAUUGAGUCCGAGUGCAAGAGAGGGAUGCUGCAGCUUUUGAGAUGACAGGUAAGUGCUCCUUCUCAUUUUCAUGCUGAGGCAGAGAAGGAGGUGAGCGGUUUGAUGCGGUCUGGCUUGGCAAUGCGACAUGAUGGCUGGGCGAGGGUACUGUGUUGCCCUCGUCAUCUUUGUCAUUGCUGUUCUCAUUGUCGCUAUUGUCAGUGGAUGUGCUACUGGGUGCAUCGAGUGGUGCAGCUACGAUCAUGAUACGAGCCGCUCAUCAUUCAUGAGGGGUGUGAGCAGUGCGUGCAGGUGAGCUCAGCAGUUUGCCCUGCACUUCGUGUUGAAGUUCAGGGUCGAUCACUGUGCAUGUCUG